GUAUUUCCACGUAGUGCAUUCAUUCUCAUAGGCAUGUCUUUCUUAGGAAUUUUCUGAACACAUGUACAGCAGUGUAUGCCAAUUUUCUCUUACAGGCUCACUAACAACUUGAAAGAUGGCACAUGAAUACAAGCGAAUUGUUUUGCUGAAAGGAUUAGAGCACAUCAGUGAUCAUUAUUUUGACUUAUUUAAGUCAGUAAUGGCCAGUGAUUUAAGACUGGAGAAAAAUAUUAGAGGGAAAUAUAACAGGAUUAAGAUUGCUGACAUGAUGGAAUAUGAAUUCCCAACUGAUGCUGGAUUGGGCAAACUGAUUGAGUUUUGUGAAGAGGUACACACUCUUAAAAGACUUGCUGAAACCCUUAAAGAAGAGAAAUCAAAAGUAAAAGGAAAAUCCCCACUGAGAAAAAGAAAGCAAGAAGCAGGCUCUGAUACACCCACAUCGACUACCAGCAACACCGUAGCAUCUGAUGGAGGGGAGACUUCCACAGCUCAGAAAAGAAAAAGUAUUAAUAGAGAAAAAACUGGCGUGAAAAAGACCAAGCAGUCUGAGGGGCCAGAUCAACCUUCCUGUUCUGAGGAAGCCACAGCCAGAUGCCAGUCCCCAGAGCUGCAGACCUCAUCUUUGGCUCCAUCCAACACUUCUUUGGCUAAGGUACAAAAAACACAGACCCAAACUCAGAGCAUUACCAGAGGUGCUGUUCUCCAAAAGGAUGCCAUGACAGUGAUGGUGCUCAAUGCAAUAGACCCAUUUGAAUAUGAGUCAUCAGAACACGAAGUAAAAAAAAUGUUUCAUGCCACAGUGGCCACUGUGAAUGAGUAUUUCCAUGUGAAAGUUUUCAACAUCAACCUGAAAGAGAAGUUCAAAAAGGAGAAUGUCAUAAUAAUCUCCAAUUACCUCAAGUUCAAAGGAAUCCUAGAGAUAAAUGAGGCUUCCUCUGUGUUUGAAGCUGGUCCUGACCAGAAGAUUGAAGUCUCCAACAGUCUUAUCAGAGAAGCAAAUAAACCUCCCAAGUUUUCUGAUUUUCACAAGUAUGGCCCUGGAGCCGUGGUUUAUGGGUUGUUUACAUUACAGAAGAAAAAAGUGAACCCAAAGACCACAAUCUAUGAAAUACAGGAUGAUUAUGCAAAUAGCAUAGAAGUUGUAGGGCAUGGAAAAUGGUACAACAUCAUCUGUAAGGAAGGAGAUAAAUUUCGACUCUUCUGCUUCCAACUGAAAACAAUUGACAAGCAACUGAAGUUGGUGUGUGGUGAUCACAGUUUCAUUAAGGUAGGAAAGAGGGGAGAAAUGAUGGAACCAAAAGAAGCUUCUGAGGAAGAUGGUUACCACAAAGGUCCCAAAAGAGUGAAGGUGUUGAGCACAACAAAAUCAUUUAUUUAUGAUCAGACAGAAGAGAAAAUGAUGUUCCAUGCCACAGCGGCUACUGAGACCGAAUUCUUCAGAGUGAUGGUGUUCGAUGUAACACUUCAAGAGAUGUUCGCCAAAAAGAAUCCCAUUGUUCUCACAGAUUAUUUCUGCAGCAAUGGAACUCUGAUGAUACACAAAGCCUCCAGUGUGUCUGCAGCAACUGAUAACUCAAAAAUGAGUAUCUCAGACACAUUGAAGAAAAACACCAAAGCAAAUCCUAAAAUUCAUGAUCUUCACUUGCAAACAAGAGAAGUGCUUGUGUAUGGAGAUUUUAAAAUAUGUAGGAAAGGUAACGGAAAUAAUUGUAUACGCUAUGUAAUUCAGGAUAACACAGGUGAAAUGAAAAUGGUGGUAUCUGGACACCUGACCAGUGUCAACUGCAAGAUUGGUGACAUAGUUAGACUUGUCGGCUUCGAAUUGACCUCAGAUGUGGGUGAUUGGUUUCUGAGAGCUGUGAGGUACAGUAAUAUGGAGGUCAUCGAAUCUGAAAAUAAGAAACAAUGA